AUGAUUUCUAGCACUAUGGAUCCACAAAAAUUUGAAUUAGUCCACAUAACUGAUAAAGAGUUGAUUGAUUUCACUAGAGAACAAAAUGGUCACUCUUGGAAAGGACCUUUGUCAAUUGAAGACUAUGUCACCAGAGAACACGUUUUAAGCAAAGCCAAAAUAGCUCUGUCAGAUAUUAAUCGUCUAUACGUACUCAUGCUCAAGGAUUUGCAGAGAUCUGAUGCUAAGAUGUGCUCGAUGGAGAUGCUAGUGAGACGUGCCUGGAAGUUUUCAUGGAGUCAGACCCAAAACGAAGUGGUUAAGGAAGACAUCUGUUGCGGUUGCAUUGGAGGAGUCUUCACUUACCCUGAAUACAGAGGAAAAGGACUAGCCAAGAUCAUGAUAGACAAAGCAGUAGAGUUAGGAAAAAGUAAAUUUAUUGGGCCAAAUGGUUUUACGUUUCUCUACUCUGAAAUUGGUGAUUUUUACGACAGGUGCGGCUUUCGUUCUUUUAAUGUACCCUUGGUCCGUAUAAAAUUGACCAAGCCGUCAAAUAGCGACACCUUCGAAGAAAUCCGAGCCAAGGAGGACAUUGAGAUAGGAUUUAUAAAGUACCAUGAGUUCGGGCCGUAUAUGGAACUUUAUAGCCAACAAUUGAAAGAAAAGUUACGAAAAAAAGUUGAGAAUGAUAAGAAACCAAGAGUGUCUCUAGUGCCUACUGCUGACAUCAUCGAUUGGUUUCAUCUUAGGGCAAAGUACUUCAGUUUCAAGUUAUUUCAUGAGUCUAGUACUCAGAACAUUGACUUCUUGAGUAGUUGCUACGAAGAUUUGGUGGAGAAGUUUGAAAGUUUUGAUCCUCACUAUUUUGGUAUUAAAAUAAUGAGUGAAAACAAAUGCAUUGCCUUCAUAAGCUGGACGUAUGAUUGGAAAAAGACUGAUGAUAAGUAUGCUUCUAAAGCUACAGUUCUAAAAAUUUAUGUUGAAGAGUCUCAAGACUACAAUCAUAUGGCAGUUAAAUUAAUCAAAUUAAUGAUUGUAUACUUAGAAAGUUUACGAGGCGAUAGAGUUGAAUCUUUGUCAAACCCUUCGGAAAUUGUAAUUUGGAAGUCCGAGACUUCACAAGAGGUCCUUAAAUGGAUUUUGUCUACUUGUGAUGCAGAUGAGAUCGACGAUAAUCCCUCAAGAUCUGCUAUUUUGAUUAACACUGGAAGCGACGAUAACCUUUUAAGGAACGGUCAAUUAGUAUGGGAAGAAAAUACCAAACUUCCGUGGUUUUGA